AUGGGUCUUAGCGUUACGUGCACUAAAGCCCACGGCCAACCCCGUUUACUACCACCUAUGCUUCGGAGUAAUAUUAACUUACGCCUACCCGAGAUCUUCUCGAAUAACGCUUCCGACUCUAAUUCCUCUACCGUAUCUAGCGUCUUCGACUUAAGUAGCGAAUCCGAAUCCGAGUCUAAAGAUAAGUCCGAAGAUAAGCUAGCUUUAGAAGAUAAAGAGAAAAUAAAACGAGGUAGUAAGAUUACCGGCUUCGCGGAAGUCGCGAAGCUAUAUUAUCUCCGAUAUAGCGUAUUUGCCUACUUAAUAAGUCGAUCGAUUAAUCCUUAUAGACCCUAUCGGCUUAAAGAUUCGAGUUAUAUUAAAGAUAUUCCCCAUAUACAUACCUUAGAAGAUAGAAAAUAG